AGAUAUAGUUAUACUUUUUUGAAUAUUUAAUUAAUUAACAAAAGAGGAAGUUGUUUAUACAUUACACCACACAUAGUUUGCCAUUAUGUUGUAAAAGUAAAGAUUACCGUAAUUGUAUUGCAUUAAUAUAAUAUAUGAAAGCAAAACCAUGUCUGAUGAGUUUGUAUAACUAGAGUAGUACUAAUGUUUCAUUCACUUUUAUUUUGAAGAGGCUCUCGGAAGUUACGUGUUCAGGUUCUCGGCCCUACGCGCACAUGCAAUGCGCAACACGUCACUAUCCGGUUUGUACCAUAAAGAAGGGCGCGAGAUAGAAAUUUUGGAGCGCGGACAACUUGGGCGCUUAGCGCCAGUUGUUUACAUGAAAUAUACCAGCACGGAACGGUCAUCGCAAUCCAGACCUUUUCAUAAACACAAAAAAUACAUUCACAUUUCACUGAAUGUACAUGCACAUGAAGUGCAACUGCAGUCUAGGAAAUUACCGUCUGACUGUAAACAAAAAGAGAGGGAAAUGUCUUGGUGGCCGCGCGGUGAGGAUGGAGAAGAGGCCAUGCAUCAUGACACUGAUUCUGAUGUGGGAGAGCACAGAGAUGGUGGGAAAGUCAAAGUGAAAUGGACACAGGAUGAGGAUGACAAGCUUAAGGGUCUGGUUCAGAAAUUGGGGCCAAAUGAUUGGAAAUAUAUUGCUAGCUUCAUCCAAAGUCACACGGAACACCAGUGUCAGCAUCGUUGGUUUAAGGUUUUGGAUCCAGAACUGGUUAAGGGUCCUUGGACCAAAGAGGAAGAUGAGAAGGUUAUAGAGCUUGUAAAUCUCUAUGGCAACAAGCAGUGGGCAAUGGUAGCCAAACAUUUGAAGGGAAGACUGGGCAAACAGUGUAGGGAGCGCUGGCAUAACCACCUAAAUCCCAGUGUAAAGAAGUCAUCAUGGACAGCUGAGGAGGACCUUAUAAUCUACAAAGCUCACUGCCUGCUUGGAAAUCGCUGGGCUGAGAUUGCCAAGCUGCUCCCUGGAAGGACAGAUAAUGCAGUAAAGAAUCACUGGAAUUCAACCAUUAAACGCAAGUUAGAGAUAGGCUUCUAUGCAGAGGAGGUCUUCAGACCGAAUGAACUUGAAGAGCUGUUGGCCUGUGUUAACAAAGAUGCACAAGUGACCAAUUACUCAUGGGAUGCUUCAGAUAAGAAUUCGGGGGAGAAAGCACACCCUUCAGAAACACCAACUUACGCCUUUAUUCAAGCUGCUCCCAGUGAAGUAGGCCCAUCAAAAGUGGUUUGUUCUUUAAAGGACAGUUCAAGCCCAAAGACUGAAACAGACUCAUCUGGAGAUGCAAGCGGUACCAGCUGGGUGGUGGACAGCUCUGGCUUUCUCUCGCCUACUGGCCCAGCAUUAAAGGAAGUGCUUGACAUGGUGGAUGGUGACCUCGAUGGCUGGUGCAAUCUUGCUGCAUUUGAUCUGCCUGAGGACAGUCCAACCCCAGAGCACCACCAGUUUCGUUUGGAGGGGAGCUCUUUACAGGAGUUGAGCAAGUCCAGCAAGGGGGAACUCAUCCCUAUUUCUCCUGGAGGGCUUACGCCACCCACUAUACUGAACCGCCACAACAGAAGACGCAUUGCGUUGUCGCCUGAUACGAAUAAAUCCAUGACCCCGAAGGGUACUCCUGUUAAGAUUCUGCCCUUUUCUCCAUCUCAAUUUCUCAACAUGUGGACCAAGCAGGACACUCAUGGUCUGGAGAAUCCAUCCCUCACAUCUACGCCAGUGUGCAGCCAGAAAGCCAUUGUUACUACACCAUUGCAGAGGGACAAGACACCUCUCAUUCAGAAGGAAAACUCAGCAUUUGUUACACCUAACCACAAGUCUGAGCUCUGCACAACACCACGUACUCCAACACCAUUCAAAAAUGCCAUGGAGAAGUAUGGCCCUCUGCAGCCCCUGCCUCAGACUCCAAACCUUGAAGAUGACAUCAACGAGGUCAUUCUAAAGGAUGCUGGAAUUGACUUGGUUGUACGUUCAACUCCCCCUGAGCAAAGACGAAAAACAAUGCAUCGUCCACCUAUGAAGAAAGUGCGGAAGUCAUUGGCCCUCGAUAUUGUGGACUGUCAGUUGCCUACACACAGACGCAAAUUCAUAAAAACUGUAGACAAACAUAACAUCAAGGAAGAACCUUCUACAAUUCAUCUCAACUCAUCAUCAUUUAGCAAUAAGCAGCACAACAGUAUUUUGGAUCAGGGUUUUCUUUUAGGCCCUAGUGACAGUGCUGUAUGUCACAGCACAGUUCCCCCAAUUCCAAUGUCAAAAGAAUGGAAGACGGUUGCUUGUGGACAAACUAAAGACCAGCUCAUAAUGACAGAAAAAGCCAGACGCUACCUUCGCUCACUGAAAUCCAAUGCCCUCAACCGGGCUCUAAUUCUCUCUUAAGACAUCUAAUAUUUACACCAAUGGGCUUACACACACACACAAUCUGAUGUUGCGGUUUCGCCUUUGUAAUUUUUGGAGAUAAUGUGUUAUUUCGGUGUUGUAUAGAUUAAAAACAAGGUAUUAGUAGUCAGAACCUUUACAGUGUGUGGCUCUACCAAUAUGGGAAUGAAUGGUGCUUUUAGAUGUCUUCUCUCUAGUCGCCUUAUGCAAAGAUUUAUGUAAUAUGAAAUGUCAUUACAUUGUCACUUCUGUGUUUAAAAAGAAUAAAUGUACAAUUGAAAAAUUACGUAUACUAUCGCGUAAAAGACACAAUUUUACAUUACAUUAUGUGUCUGUGAUUCAAGAUUGUAAUGCGUAUACAAGAACAUUUGGUUUAUUCACCUUUAACUAAUUGUAAAAUAAUGCUGUAACUGUUUUCAAUUUCAGAUACCAUAGUUCUUUCUGCCAAGUUCAUCUGUACUACCAUGAGGCAUAAGUAAUAAUGUUAAGUCAGCAUUGCUGUGUGACAACAAUGACACUGUAUCACAGUACAGAAUAGAACAACUCGGCAUUUUUUUAACAAUUUUGACAUUUGCUGAAAAUGUACAAAGCUGACCUGAUUCAUUGAAGAUUCUUUACAGUGGCUACUAGCAAAGAUGUUUGUAUUCAAUGUUUAAGAAGUUGAUUUGAAGCCUAUAGCAUUUUUAUAGCAAUGGUGUUGUUAUUUGGCACUGUGUAAAUAUUUGUUCUAAUUUUAGAAAUCUAAUAAAAUAUAUGUUCAGUACAAACUUUA